UCAGUGAUAUACUCACAUUAGUACAUGAUCAACCAAAGAAGCUUAAUAGCUUCUCUUGAGUUACAAUUGUAUCUUGAUUGAUUGAGUAUAGGAAUUGUGUAAUGCAGAUUUUCACUCGAAGCCAGGUAGCACUUGUGUGCUUUUGGCUGUCUGUUGCUUUUUUGGUAAUAGGUUCUUGCCAUAGUACCGUUGAGGUUGUUGGUCUUGGAGAAUGCGCAGAUUGCGACCAGAACAAUAUUAAAGUUAGUCAGGCUUUCUCAGGACUAAAAGUAACAAUAGAUUGCAAGGAAGCAAAUGGUCAUUUUAAAACAAGAGGGGCUGGUGAACUUGAUACCAAUGGAAAUUUUAAGGUAUCUCUUCCACAAGACAUUGUUAAAGAAGGUGAACUGAAAGAAGAGUGCUACGCUCAGCUGCAUAGUGCAUCAGCCGCACCAUGUCCUGCUCAUGAUGGACUGGAAGAUACUAAAAUUGUGAUCAGUUCAAAAUCUGAUGAGAAACAUACUCUCAGUACUGCUGCUGCUGGUAAACUCAAGUUUUCAUCAGCAACAUGUGUCUCAGCAACUUUUUGGCCUUUUUAUAAACACCCUCUUUUUCCUAAGCUUCCUCUUCCACAAUUACCUCAUUUCCCACCUAAAGUUUUUCCACCAUUUCCACCAAAGUUUUUUCAUAAACACCACCCUCUCUUUCCUCCUAUUCCUAUCUACAAAAAACCUCCUUUUCCUCAUGUUCCUAUAUACACCAAACCUCUCCCUCCACCUGUGCCUAUCUAUGAGAAACCUCUCCCUCCCCCUACACCGGUAUAUGAGAAACCUCUCCCUCCUCCUGUCUAUGAGAAACCUCUUCCUCCUCCUGUGCCCGUUUAUCAUAAACCGCCUACGCCUGUCUACCAUGAACCACCUACACCUGUUUAUCAUAAACCACCAACGCCUGUUUACCAUGAACCUCCUACGCCUGUUUAUCAUAAACCACCUACACCUGUUUAUCAUGCACCGCCUACGCCUGUUUAUCAUAAACCACCAACGCCUGUUUAUCAUGCACCACCUACGCCUGUUUAUCAUGCACCGCCUACGCCUGUUUAUCAUAAGCCGCCUACACCUGUUUAUCAUGAACCUCCAACUCCUGUUUAUCAUAAACCACCUACACCUAUUUAUCAUGCACCACCUACGCCUGUUUAUCAUAAGCCGCCUACACCUGUUUAUCAUAAGCCUCCUACACCUGUUUACCAUGAGCCGCCUACGCCCGUUUAUCAUAAACCACAUCCACCACCGGUUCCGGCCAAGAAACCUUGUCCACCAAAGGUUGAACAUCCAAUUCUACCACCAGUUCCAAUCUACAAACCUCAUCCUUCUCCAGUUCCAAAGCCACUUCCACCACCUGUUCCGGUCAAGAAACCGUGUCCACCAAAGGUUGAGCAUCCAAUUCUACCACCUGUUCCAAUAUACAAACCUCCAGUAGUAAUUCCAAAGCCACCAGUGGUUCCAAUCACCAAGCCUCAUCCUCCUAUUGUUCCAAUUUAUAAACCACCAGUUGUUAUCAAACCUCUUCCUCCUUUUCCAAAGUUCCCUCCAUUCCAGAAACCUCCACUUCCACCUCUUCCCAAGUUCCCUCCAGUGCACGAUUUUUUCCAUCACCCCAAGUAUGGAAAAUUGCCUCCAUUGCCUCCAAAGAGCUUUUUCCAUCACCCCAAGUUUGGAAAAUGGCCACCAAUCCACCCAAAAAGCUUCUUCCACCACCCCAAGUAUGGCAAAUGGCCACCAAUCCAUAAGAGCUUCUUCCAUUACCCCAAGUUUGGAAAAUGGCCAAAGGAUCCAAAAAGCUUCUUCCAUUACCCCAAGUUUGGGAAAUGGCCACCAUUAAGUCCUCACCAUUAGGAGCCAUGUCUGAGCUUACAGAAUACUUCCAUUGUUUUUUCGUCUUCUUCGUUUAUUUAAAAUCUAUCAUCAAUCAAUUUGCAAAUAAAACCUGCAAGGGAUAUAGAGUGUGUGGACAAAAAAACAGACAUAGUACGGUGUUGUUUGAAGAAGUUUGAUGAAACUGAGUGUAAUCACUAGUUGUGCUUGAGUGAAGAUCACCAGAAUUAUUUUUUCUUAAAGUUACUUUCAUGUGUAUAUAGUUGUGUUAUUUGUGAUGGUUUUUUUUCACUUUGUGUCAUUGUAUUAUUAGUUCUUACUUUAUGUUUAAUUAAUAAAUCCAUUUGUAUCA